GAGAGAGGAUAAGAGGAGAUCAGAAGGUGGUAUCUGGACCUCCGUUGUGAAGAGCUCUCUAAAAAUGGAGAGGAUUGAUGCAAGAAUGAUGAAGAAAGACAAAGGACUCACAGAAAACAUUGGGCUUCCCCUGCAUCUGCUUGAAAAACAUAACCCUUGGUCAGCCUAUGUCACAUAUACCUCCCCAAUGGUGAAAAGGCUGAUUGAGAAAGGCAAAGCUAGAGAGAUGGAAUGCACGCAACCUCCGGAGGAAAGCCGACGGACAUGGAGGCAGAACAAGUCUUUCAGCGUCAUCCAGCUGAAAAGGAAAAAGUCAUCCAAGUCCUCUGGCGACACGGUGUUCAAGGACACGAGAUCAGAGAACAUGUUAUCGGUGUGGGGCACUUACUCUGCAUCGGCCAUGGGGCCCACCGUUAUCCCAAAACCCAUCCACUUUCGUAUGGAUUCCAGAGAAAGUCCCACUGCAAACUAUAACAAGAUCGUCUUUGCUCGAAAACCUAUGAUGAGGAUGCUUCCGUACAGCUCACUCCUGGCCAGCAAGGAGAAACGUCCGAAUGUUUAGCCGGGAGUCCCUGCAGCCAUCCCUCAAGAUUGUACAGCAAUUAAUCUCCAUUUGCCACAAAUUUCACUGUCUGUUAUAUUCGAACUCGUCCCUGCUUGUGCAGAGGUUGGCUGAG